AUGGCUACUGGACAACUAUUCUCGAAGCAAACACAAGCACUAUUUUACAACUACAAGCAGCUUCCUAUCCAAAGGAUGCUUGAUUUCGACUUCCUUUGUGGUGCGUAUGUUUCAGACUUUGUGGUGUUUAUGGUCUGGUGCAGAUUCCCUUCAUCUUCAUUGAUAGGAUGUCAUAUUGUGGACAACAACUUAGUAGUUUUGCUUGUGGCCAUCUUUGCAGGAAGAGAAACACCUUCGGUUGCUGGAAUCAUCAACCCAGGUUCAGAGGGGUUUCAGAAGCUGUUUUUUGGUCAAGAAGAAAUUGCCAUUCCAGUUCACUCGACGCAAGUUCUCAUGAUCCCAAAUGUUCUGUUUAAUUAUUACCUCUAAGUCCCUGCCAUAGAGGAUUGUAGCUAGUUUUGUUACCUUUUUCCUUGGAUUGGUGCGAUAUGUGCAUUUUCUGGAUACAUAACCUUGUUUUGUGUGCAGUUUUGCUGGAAUCUGCAAGCUUUAUACUUAGGGCUGACCAAGCCAUGAUAUCGUAUUAGAGAAGUUUUACGGUUUUCUAAUAGCGUAGGGAUUUUAACAGUCGUAUGGCAAGUAAUCGGCGUUCAGAAGUUCACGUAGUAAAGAAAUUACAUCCCCACAAUGUCUACAUUCACGUGGUGCUCAUGAUUGGAAAAAACAGCUGAUUUCAAUCUGGAUUCGCCGAUUUGUGUCGGAAUCAGCCACCACCAAUUGUUUUUGAAAGGGAGUAGAUUCUGAUCCUCUUGAACAUAUAUAACCAGUUAGACAUCACAAGAUUUCACCUAGAUUUGCCAGUUACCUUGCUGGAUUAGCCCUUUUAGUUCAUAAAAGAGCCACGUCUUGCAUCCACUUCUGAAGGCUGUAUGAAGCAGAGGAUAGAAAAGAAAAAAAUAUAUUUUUUUCUGCCAUUAACCUCCUGUUCAUGUCUUGUCUACCCUGUUGUACUCGAACAUGGGCAGGAUUGGGUAUUAUGGACCCAACUGGGAAAAAUGAUCCACGUCCAGUUGUUAUGACUGACGUUUUCUGAGGAACCCAUGUUACAUGAGACGCUGUUUUUGGACUUUUAGCUUCUAACAACAGCUCUCUUUUUGUGGUAUUCAAUUUCCUUGCAUACUUCAUUGCUUCUUCAAUCGUAGGCAACCUGCAACAUCACUGCCAAUAUAAUUGCUAAUAAAAGCGUUCACAGACUGCCUUUUCACUAUUUAGAGUCAUACAUCCUAUAUUUGCUUUUAUUCGCUGGACACUCUUCCUCCACGUCUCAUGACAGACUAGGAACGAUAAGUGUAUCUUUAAAUUCGUCAACACUGUCAAUAAGUGUCUGUUCAGUUCGAGGUCAACCCAGUCUCACAGGUUUCUUUGUCGUUUUUGUAGUAUUGAAGCAGCAUGCAGUGCUCAUCCAACAGCUGAUGUUUUUAUCAACUUUGCAUCAUUCAGAAGGUCAGUGGUCUCGUUGUUUCUUCACAGGUUCCCAGAAUAGCAACCUCGAAUUCCACUGCAGUUCUAACCGUCCUUUCAUUCUGUGUGAACAGCGCCGCUGCUUCAUCCAUGUCUGCAUUGAGGCAACCGACCAUCAGGGUCGUGGCUAUAAUUGCUGAAGGCGUGCCAGAAUUGGACACCAAGCAAUUGAUUGCAUUUGCUCGGGCUAAUAACAAGGCACGGUAUCUUUUAUAAAUUUCUUAAGCGAUGAACACUGUAAACAUCACUAAUUUUCUUAUUAUAGUUUUUUAAAAAUAAUUUCUUAAUUGGGUAUCUUGUCUUGCCCACCGUCAACUCAGGUCGUCAUAGGUCCUGCUACUGUCGGCGGCAUUCAAGCUGGAGCGUUUAAGAUUGGAGACACUGCUGGAACCAUCGAUAACAUCAUCCAGUGCAAGCUUUACAGAGCUGGAUCUGUAGGAUUUGUGUCCAAAUCGGUAGGUUUUUUCUCUUCAUCAUCUCUUACUAGUCAUAUAAUUUUGUUUAACCAGAUGUCAAUCUUUUCAAGCAAAUUUUACCACUUCUAUCUAAUCUACCUCCACUCUUUCAAGAAAACCUAGAUCUUUUUUGUCAAAAAUACACAAUUUUUUGGUAGAGUUUCAUGCCAUAUCUAAAUUUGAUAUGCCGAAUCUGAAUAUACUUGGAUUCUCAAGAUUCUUAUUCAUAUGAUAUUGUCGAAAUGUCACAUGAAAUUUAAGAAAAGAAUUCCUGAUUUGUUUUAUUUUUAAAUACUGCAGGGUGGCAUGUCCAAUGAACUGUAUAACACCAUCGCUCGGGUGACGGAUGGAAUUUACGAAGGUAUCCGAUUAUUUAUCUUGACGUGGAUUAUUCUAAUAUUACUAGAGUAUUUCGGAUCUUCGAAGAGCUCAUUAUGCCUCGGAAUUUCUCAGGGAUCGCCAUUGGAGGAGACGUGUUUCCUGGUUCCACCCUUUCUGAUCAUGUCCUUCGCUUCAACAAUAUCCCUCAGGUAUUUUAUAUUAUUUUAUUUUAUUUUCUCCUAAUAUAUGUUUCCCUGUUCUUCGAUUUAAAUAUCCAGAAAAAAAAAGAAAAAUUCAACCGAGUUAAACAGCUCGACAUUCAGAUCUUCUUGGAUUAUCAGAUGUUCUUUCUUUUAAUAUGAUCAGAAUCAGAUGAAAACCCACGAAAGAAAAAUCAAUUAAAUAAUGAACUAUAUGAUUUCAUCUUUCGGCUAUCCGUAUAAAUAUUUAAAGAAAUAUAUUUAUCCGGGGAAUCCUCCUGUCCCACCUUCACAGGUGAAGAUGAUGGUCGUGCUCGGUGAGCUCGGCGGAAAAGACGAGUACUCCCUUGUUGAUGCCCUUAAAGAGGGGAAGGUCCACAAACCGGUCGUCGCCUGGGUCAGCGGCACCUGUGCCCGCCUGUUCAAGUCCGAGGUCCAGUUCGGUCAUGCUGUAAGUCAACCCCUCCCCAGAAAAGGAAACUCAGGUCUGUAUGACGUCAUCUUUUUUUUUUCCAUCUCCCUAACUCCGAUGAUGACAACGACAUAGGGGGCCAAAAGUGGGGGUGAACUAGAAUCGGCCCAGGCCAAGAACCAAGCUCUGAAAGACGCCGGCGCUGUUGUGCCCACCUCAUACGAGUCCCUGGAAGGAGCGAUUAAGGAAACUUUCCAGAAGCUCGUAUGUUCCCACGAAAGGCCCCCAUCCCAGCCCUCUUUCACCCUCCGCCUCCUUCCUCAAGACUCUGACUUUCUCCACGGGAUCUCGAUUUCCAUUUCAGGUGGAGGGAGGGAAGAUCUCCGCCAUCAAAGAGAUCACGCCCCCCCAGAUCCCGGAGGACCUGAACUUUGCCAUCAAAAGCGGAAAAGUCAGAGCCCCCACCCACAUCAUUUCCACCAUCUCGGACGACAGAGGUCAGCUGCAACUUUCCGGUCAACUCAUCUCUGACCCCAAAUGAAUCUCCCCCCGUUGACCUCAAAGUUAUCUCACAGGGGAGGAGCCGUGCUAUGCCGGAAUACCCAUGUCAACCAUCGUCGAGAAGGGCUACGGCGUGGGAGACGUCAUAUCCCUCCUCUGGUUCAAGCGGAGCCUCCCCCGCUACUGCACCCACUUCAUCGAGGUCAACAUGCUGCUCUUUUUUCCGUCAACACCCCCAGAGAUUGCAUACACUUUGGAUAAAUACCUCGAAUUUCUGUAAACUCUCCUUCACUCAUCAGAUCUGCAUCAUGCUAUGUGCUGACCACGGUCCCUGCGUCUCCGGCGCUCACAACACCAUCGUGACCGCACGGGCUGGAAAGGACCUGGUUUCCAGCCUCGUAUCAGGUAUUCUUCAACAACCAAUAUUAUAAUAUAUUAUUAUAUUUAUGUUCCUAUUUAGGUCCACAUUUGUCAUUUGCAUAAAGUUGGGUGUCAGAAAUGAAAUGAUUAAAUAAUCUGUAUAAAAUAACAGGAGAAUCAGAUUUUAUUUUAUUUAUUUCUUGAAGCAAUCAUCUAACUAACGAUCAACCGAUUCUCGGUGACAGGACUGCUCACGAUUGGUCCACGAUUUGGCGGCGCGAUUGACGACGCUGCCCGGUACUUCAAGGAGGCCUACGACAAGGUGCGUCAGUCUCGACGAAAAUAGAAAAAAAGAUAAAAGAUAAAAGAAGAUGUUGACAAAAAUUGCACAGAAAGAAUCUACCAUUAAAAAUUCCUGAAAAAGUAUUUGACUUUUCGAUUAAGAUGGGAUGAUUCUUUGGAUUCAAAGAGGAGAGUGUUGAUUCAAGAGGGAUCUAUCUCUCGACUUCCUUUCUCUUCGCCAAAUCUUCUAAGAUACCUCUCAUGAGCUUUUUCCUCUGCCUCUCUCCCCGCAGAACCUCACCCCCUACGAGUUUGUGGAAGGCAUGAAGAAGAGGGGCAUCCGCGUGCCAGGAAUCGGCCACAGGUAUCAUCACCAUCAUCUCCCGUCUGUAAUUUUUUUCCAUUUAUGGAAACAAACUCCUCAACCGGCUAGCUCCCCACACAAACUAGCAUACGAUAUAGAAAUGGGGGCUUUUGUGUAAUUUUUUGCCAUUUAUGGAAACAAUCUCCUUGACCGGCUAGCCCCCCCACACACACUAGCAAAUGAUAUAGAAAUGGGAUUUUUUUUCUCUUAUGUAAAUUUUUGCCAUAUGGAAACAAACUCUAGAUUUAGACGUCUGUUCAAAUGGGAUAUAUAUGUUGUUUUGGUUUUACUGCCUGCUGAUGAUGAAGUGAAAUCAUGGGGUGGGGGAAUGAAUAUGGAUAUUGGUAAAGGAUAAAGAGGGGGGACAACAGGGACAAGAGGGUGGAGCUGCUGCAGGAGUACGCGAGGACGCACUUCCCGUCGGUGAAGUACAUGGAGUACGCGGUGGAGGUGGAGAAGUACACGCUGACCAAGGCGAACAACCUGGUGCUGAACGUGGACGGGGCCAUCGGGUCGCUCUUCCUCGACCUCCUGGCCGGGAGCGGCAUGUUCUCCAAGCCCGAGAUCGACGACAUCGUCGAGAUCGGCUACCUCAACGGCCUCUUCGUCCUCGCCCGCUCCAUCGGCCUCAUCGGGUCAGUCCCCCUCUCUCUCUCUCUCUCUCUCUCUCUCUAUAUAUAUAUAUAUAUAUAUAUAUAUAUGUGUGUGUGUGUGUGUGUAGCUAUCUAUGUAUUUAUCCCCUUUACAACUUAGAGGUUAGGUUGGGUUGGGCAUCUAUCUCUCUCUCUCUAUCUAGCUCUCCCCCUCCCCUUCACACCGGCUAAGGUUGGGUUCUCUCUCUCUCUCUCUCUCUCUCUCUCUCUCUCUCUCUAGCUCUUCCAUCUUUACACAGGGUUAGGUUGGGUUGGACCCCUAUCUCUCUCCCUCUCUCUCUCUAGCUCUUCCCUCUUUACGCAAGGAUAGGUUGGGUUGGGUCUCUCUCUCUCUCUCUCUCUGACGGAGUGGAUAAACGAAUUUCUCCAACAAUCGCGCAGGCACACGUUCGACCAGAAGAGAUUGAAGCAGCCGCUGUACCGCCACCCCUGGGAGGACGUCCUCUACACCAAGUGA